AUGGCCAAUUCAGCACGCCGUGCGCUGUCCAAGUACAUAUACUGGACUGAAGACAUUGAACUCGCCAUUCUUCGCGAAGCAAUUCGGGUGGAGCCAUUUGCUGCCGAUCAUGGUGAGCUUUUAGCUCGUUGGACGUUGGUGGCUGCCGCCGUCGCAGAGCAGGAGCCACGAGUCACCCCACGUGCAGCCCGCGAGCACGUUCAUAUGUUGCUCAAGAAAUUCAAGGCAGACGACCAGGCCCAGCGACUCUCCAGUGGAACUGCGGAAGAAGUGACCGAGAAAGUCCAGCUCCUCCAAGACAUUGCGAUGCGGAUGGAUGAGGUGGCGUCGUCCAGGACGAUGAAGAAGACGAAGGAGACCGCGAAGCGAGACUUGCUGGAAACAACUGGCGAGAAGCUUUGCCGUGAAGCAGAAGUUCGAGUUGCAAAGCGAUCAAGGACAUCAACCGGUAGCGCAAGCGAUGACCUGGGUGAGUCAAAUCUGACAGAAUUGUUUGAGUUUGAGAAAAAGCGCCACAAUGACGAGCACGAGUAUCGCAUGGAGCGUCUCAAACUCGACAGAGAGGAGCAAGUACUGCGUCGUGCACAAAGCAUGCAAAUGGAAAACAUUGUAGGAAUUUUAGCUCAAUUCAUGAAGAGUCAUCAACAAAAGGACAACGAGACGUAA